AUGUUCUGCCGUACUCACGCAGAUGUGAAUGCCACGACAUCGUACCGAACCUCGCUGCAAAUAUCCAACAUUCAUCAAGAUGAUCAAGAUGAAUCGUUCCAAUUUGAUAUUCAUAGUAUAAUCAGUAGGAAACCGAGAUCGAGGAGAUCAGAAUCACAAGUAUCUUCCGAUCCGCCAGAAUCCGAAAUACAAUCAUCCCCACUCAUGGAAGGUGACGAAUCAGGUCUCAGUACACAGAUAAUCUUUGGGGAAAGGUACAAACUCAGUCCGCUCCAUGUGACUUACAAUGGGGGUAUACCAAUGUACGAUCUACAGCCAGUAUCCCAAGAUGGAGAAAGUAGAGAAAGAUGGAGUAAUGGAGAUAUAUCUCAAGUGGUUUUCAACAAUGAUUUUGCCUUUGAAAUUGCAACUUUUGCCAACACCUAUACCAAUACCAACACCAAUACCAACACCACUGAUUCGUCUAACGUACAAGGCCAUCCGACCUCUGCUGAUACUACUACCAAUACUAGUACGAACGAAAGAGACAGUGACAGGGUGACAGUUGAGGGAUGGAUGUUUUGUAAAUCCGAAUCAGCACUCAAAGAACAUCAAUCUCAAUUAGGUAGAGCAAGUAGGAGUGGGAAAAGCUGGAAGAGACCUUUUGGCAGGAUGGGUGAUGUUUGGGGUAAAAUAAUAGGCCAAUCUCGAUCGAAGGACAUAACAAGGUCUGAUAAAUCCGGCGAACGUCUAGGUGAUGAGUUUUAA